AUGCGAUACCACACGUCCACUUUCGCGCUACUGGCGCUUCCAGCGACAGUCUUAGCAGUAAGCCUCGCCGACUUCAAGCCACGAGUAUCCGACCUUCCUUCGAAAUGCCAGACUGUGUACACCGAGACGAUCGACGGCUGUUCACCCACCGACUUUACCGCAUCGACAUGCAGCACAGGUUGUGUCAAGGCGCUUCAAGCGUUGGUAGCAGAUGUGAAGAGUGCUUGUGGGAAUGAGGACAUCAGUGGAGAGAAUGUAAUCGCUGCUUUCCUCAACAACGCUGGACCACAAGGACUUUGCACCAAUGCGAACGCAGUCUUGGGAAGUGGGAGCACAACAACGAGCCCAGCUUCAUCGUCGAAGCCAUCGCCAUCUUCGAGCGCAACACCUACGUCUUCACGGCAAGCUUCAAGCACAAGCAGUGAGGUGACAACAAGUACGGCUGCCAGUAGCACCAAGACAGCCACAAGUCUGGAGAGUGCGACAUCUACGCCAUCGUCAUCGAUAGCAACCGAUCCGUCGUCAUCUCCCACUGCAACUCCAACACAGGCUGCCUCGCAUUCGAGCUCGAAUGGCAACAGCGGUGGCGGAAGCCCGUUCGAUACCGAAGGCAACAUGCAUUCUGCGGCAACUGCCAUCGAAAACACAGUGGCCAUGAUGCUGCUUGCGGUCCUCGUUGCUCUUGCCGGCGCGCUUCGAUAG